AUGGGUAAGAAGUUCCGCAAAGCUCUCCUCGCCUUCAUCGACGGCAUCCCGGACCAUAAGCUCGAGGGCGGUUUGCCAUCUAUCCAGAAGACCCUCUACGAGGACGACAACUACAGACUGGACAUGCAGAAUGUAAACAGGCAUGCCCUAUUCACCUCGGCGCGUAAGGCAGGUCAGAAGGGAGCCACCGUAGGUAAAGUUUUAGUGCCCGUUGAAGAGCCGUGGACUGCGUGGAUGAUCAAAGAGACGCUCAAGCAGAGCUGCAUUGACUUUGGUGAUCAAUCGAACCAGUUCUAG